GCGCGCGAUCGUGCACAACAGGCGACGCAAUGGCAGCUCCGUCUGCUGCGGUGUGGUAGUUGUUAGUAGAGAGUGAUCCUUGUCAUCGAACGGAUAGUCUUUCCUUGGCUCCCGGGUGUGUGCGCUGAAAAAGCAAUAGAGCGAAGAGUUCGAAGAGGUAGGCGCGCUUGUGAGCAGCUCGAUACUGUAAAAAAAGAAUUUUCCGGAUACACACGGAAAGUCCUCGGCAAACCCCGGAAGUAGCAGCAAGCAGCAGCAGCAGCAGCAUCUUUUGCAUAGAUACCGAGCAAAAAGCAUACAAAACAGAAAAUGAGCUGGCAGGAUUACGUCGACAAUCAGCUUCUCGCCUCGCAGUGCGUGUCGAAGGCAGCCAUCGCCGGUCACGAUGGUGGCGUUUGGGCCAAAUCGGAGGGCUUUGAGGUGUCGAAGGAGGAGGUGGCCAAAAUUGUACAGGGAUUCGACAAAACCGAACUGCUCACAUCCGGCGGUGUGACACUAGCGGGCCAACGUUAUAUCUAUCUGUCCGGUACUGACCGAGUGAUCCGUGCCAAGCUCGGCAAAACCGGUGUGCACUGUAUGAAGACGCAACAGGCUGUUAUAGUAUCUAUCUAUGAGGAACCCGUGCAGCCCCAGCAGGCGGCAUCCAUAGUAGAAAAGCUGGGCGAUUAUCUAAUUACCUGUGGUUAUUAGAAAGGCAAACAACCUUUAUAGGCGAGGAAAUGGGAGGGGGCCCGAAGUGUGUGAGUCGAUAAGGCGAGAAGAAGCGAGGAUAAGGGGGAGUGAUGAAAGAACCUAACAGAACAGCGAGCGAGAGAGAGAGAGAUUGCGUGAAGAUUAUUGCCGUUCCGACGAGUGAAUUGAUGUGCCGAGCCUUGUGGAUGGCGCCUGUGUGUGUGUGCGAGUGUGUGAGAGUGUUUUUGCACGUGUGUGUUGUUUGCCAAUAAUAGUAGCAGCAGCAGUAGCAGCAGCCGCAGAAAACCAUUUGCCAUUCAGCCUGCGCCAGUCUUUGCUUGCUGUUCGCAUCACACACCGUGCGAUUGGUGGGGCAGAAGACUGGCUGUGGGGACUAGUGGAUGUGCAGAGGGGGGGCAGCAAUAGCACACACGGAGCAAAUUGACGGAGCAGCACCAACCCCACACAAGCAGCAUCCAGCGCCAGACACGGUGUAGCAGUAGCGCCAAUACUGAGUAGCAUCAAGAAGUACACACCUGAAUCGUGGAGGGGUAGGUACGAGCAUGAUCAGCAAAAAAAAAAAGGAAGGAAGAGAGACGAGAUCGUGGAGAGUUAAGAACGCUUGGCAUAUUAAGCAAAAGAGAUGAUCACGAACGCAAGACGUAAACAUGAGGAGAGAAACAAAAAACAUACUUUCAUACAGCUUUUUUAUAAUUUAAACCUAGAAACACACUUGAAUAAAGAGAUGCAGCAGAAGAAUACAUGAAAAAAUAGAUCGCAACAUAUUAUGAACCUACGGAGAUUGGAUAAUGGAAUUUUGGAAACUUGAUUGAUUGGGCGAGGAAGGGAAAACACGGAAGGAAAGAACAUCUAACAAUUUUCGCGUGUGCGUGUGUGUAUGUGGUGUAUAUGAUGGUGAUGGUGGGUGUAUGUUUGUGAGGUGUGCGGCAUUGUACAGUGUAGAAAGAAGCUCAGAUUUGUUGCUACGUCGAGAGAGGUUCCAGGUUUUCGGAGAGCUCGAUAACUUCAACCCAACCAAACCGAUGUGUCACACAUGUGCCAGUGAAGUUAUGCUGAAUUGUCAAUCGCCCCAUCUCCUCACUAGCAACACAACACACGACCUUAUAUGCAAUCUACUGAGACACACACAUACACGCGAGUUGUAGCCAAAAUACAAUUGAUCGAAGCAAAGGGUAAGUUUGCAGAAGUAUAUCCUCUGUCUUGUUGAAGUUGUUGAAGCAAAAAGUAGCCCAGAACGAUCAACAAGCAAACCAUCUCUCUAGCCUAGCCUACUCUAGCACAUAUGAUAUCGGUGCAGAAGAAAGAGCGCAUUUCAAGAUCAACGUUCAUGAUCUCUCUUAUGGUAAAUGGAGUAAAGGAAAACGGAAGGAAGAAAACCCAAGAAGUGCACAAUGGAUAUAAGAAGUAAAAAACAAACAAACAAGAUACUAGAAACGAAGAAGGGACGUAAGAUUACGAAAAUAAGGACUAUGAUCGACUAAAUAAAACACACAUACUGUGGGAGAGCGAGAAAGAGAUAGAGAGGAAAGCUAGGAUGAUACACACACACACAGUGCUAGAAAACUGAAAGAAGACUGCUUAGAGACAAAUACGACUGCACAGAGACACAAACACACACCACACCACCCGACGACCGGAGGAAGGAGACGAAACACAGGCCCCGACCCAGGAACACACCACACACAAACACACAUCCAGGACGACAGGGAUAGACGACAGCAACGAACGUCGCGACAGAAAAAAAGGUGUAGGGGGAACGCUCCGCGAAAACGGUACGAGAGAAAAUAAUAAUAAAAAAAUAUUGAUAAUACUGUGUAAGCUUAA